AUGUUACUGCUCAACCUGUCAUGGCUGGGACUCUGGCAUGGGGCAGCCUCCCUGUGGCUAAUCCUGCUUCUGGCCAUGACCUCCUGGCUCCUGGCCCGUGUCCUGGCCUGGACCUACACCUUCUAUGACAACUGCCACCGUCUCCAAUUUUUCCCGCAGCCUCCAAUGCGGAACUGGUUCUUGGGGCACCUAGGCAUGAUCACCCCCACAGAGGAGGGUUUGACGGAAGUGGCUCGUCUGGUGGCCACCUACCCUCAGGGCUUUAAGAGCUGGUUGGGCCCCAUCAAACCCAUCAUCACUCUGUGCCACCCUGACAUCAUUCGGCCUGUUGUUAAUGCCUCAGCUGCCAUCGCACCAAAGGAAGUGGUCUUCUACGGUUUCCUGAAGUGCUGGCUGGGGGAUGGGCUCCUGCUGAGUGGCGGUGACAAGUGGAGCCGCCACCGCCGCAUGCUGACACCUGCCUUCCACUUCAACAUCCUGAAGCCCUACAUGAAAACCUUCAACGAGAGUGUGAACAUCAUGCAUGCCAAGUGGAAGCACCUGGUGUCUUGUGGCAGCACCCGUCUGGACAUGUUUGAGCACAUCAGCCUCAUGACCCUGGACAGUCUGCAAAAAUGUGUCUUCGGUUUUGACAGCCACUGCCAGGAGAAGCCCAGCAAAUAUAUUGCUACCAUCUUGGAGCUCAGUGCCCUUGUGGUGAAACGAAAUGAGCAGAUCUUCCUGCACUUUGACUUCCUGUAUCACCUCACUCCUGAUGGGCGGCGCUUCCGCAGGGCUUGCAGCCUAGUGCAUGAAUUCACAGAUGCUGCCAUCCAGGAGCGGCGCCGUAGCCUCUCAAAACAGGGUGCUGAUGGCUUCCUCAAGGCUAAGACCAAGACCAAGACUUUGGACUUCAUUGAUGUGCUUUUGCUGAGCAAGGAUGAAGAUGGGAAGGAGUUGUCAGACGAGGACAUCCGAGCUGAAGCCGACACCUUCAUGUUUGAAGGCUAUGACACCACAGCCAGUGGCAUCUCCUGGGUUCUAUACAACCUCGCCAAGCACCCAGAAUACCAGGAGCGUUGCCGGCAGGAGGUCCGAGAGCUCCUGAGGGACCGCCAAGCAGAGGAGAUUGAAUGGGACGACCUGGCCCAGCUGCCCUUCUUGACCAUGUGCAUCAAGGAGAGUCUGCGGCUACAUCCUUCAGUCACCGCCGUCUCGCGCUGCUGUACCCAGGACAUAGAAUUUCCAGAUGGCCGGGUCAUCCCCAAAGGUGUUACCUGCCUCAUCAGCAUCUUCGGGACCCAUCACAAUCCCUCUGUGUGGCCGAACCCUGAGGUCUAUGACCCCUUCCGCUUCGACUUAGAAAACACUCAGAAGAGGUCGCCUCUGGCUUUUAUUCCCUUCUCUGCGGGUCCCAGGAAUUGCAUCGGGCAGUCGUUCGCCCUGACCGAGAUGAAGGUGGCCCUGGCGCUCACGCUGCUACGCUUCCGCUUCCUGCCCGACGACACCGCGCCCCGGAGGAAGCCAGAGCUUAUACUGCGCGCUGAGGCGGGGCUGUGGCUGCGGGUGGAGCCGCUGAGCGCAGGCCCGCAAAAAGAACCCACCCAGCCCUGCCCCUUAGUUUCGCCCUCACCCACCCACCUACCUUAG